AUGUGGCCAGCGCAGCGCGCAUCCAAGGCCUCGCUGAUGGUACGUGUCUCCCUCUGUCAGCUGCCGGUUGUCGAUCAUCAGUGGCUCUUCGCAUCCCCCACGCUGCCGAGUCCCGUUAUCAAGCAGGCCAAACCAUUGGAAAUUACCGCAUCACCGCUGUUCGGCCUGUCACCGACAUGGGGGUGCCGCAUAUCCUGGAGCAUACCGUUCUUUGUGGGUCUGAGCGAUAUCCUUGCCGUGACCCCUUUUUCAAGAUGCUUUCGCGACCGCUUGAUGCUCACGCGAGCUGUGCCCAGAUCCCUGUCCAACUUUAUGAACGCCUUUACUGCACCAGACAACACCGUUUACCCUUUUGCGACGACAAAUCCUCAAGACUAUGUCAAUUUGAUGAGCGUGUACUGCGAUGCCGUGUUCUUUCCCCUUCUCAAAGCUCAAGACUUUGCCCAGGAAGGCUGGCGCGUCGAGCACGCUGACCCAAUGGAUCAAACGAGCCCGCUUGAAUUCAAAGGCGUCGUCUUCAAUGAGAUGAAAGGCGCCCUUUCAUCCGCGGACCAGCUCUAUUGGACUCGGAGCCACCAGCUGCUCCACCCUGACACCAUUUACAGCCACGUAUCUGGUGGCGAGCCCUUGCACAUUCUCAACCUGACCCACGACGAACUGAAGGCCUUUCAUGCUCAGCAUUAUCACCCCAGCAAUAGCUGCUUCAUCACCUAUGGUGACCUCUUGCUUGAAGAUCAUCUCAACUUUCUCGAUACACAGUUCAUCUGCCCUACUUGCUUCAACUUUCUCCAUCGCAACUCUCGCGCCCAGGUGCUGAAGCAAUUUUCACGGCAGAGUGCCGUGAUUGGUCGCACAACUACCACACACUGGGAUGCUCCGCGCCGCCACGUGGUCUCCUGUGCGCCCGAUCCGGUCGCCGUCGACCCCGCCAAGCAGGACAAGCUGUCUGUGGCCUUCUUGCUCACAGACACGGCAAAUGCCUAUGAAAACUUUUGCCUGCGCGUCUUGAGCAUCUUGUUGACCGAUGGAAACCACGCUCCGUUUUUCCAAAGCUUGAUUGAUCAAGGCAUCGGCUCGGUGUUUACUCCCAAUACUGGCUUUGACAGCUCAACCGAGGUGACAUCUUUUGCAAUCGGCGUUCAAGGCAUUGGACCUGAGCAGCAUGACCAAGUUUUGCAGGCGAUUGACGCCACAUUCGCUCAAGUUGCACAGGAGGGGUUUGAGCCCGAGCUGGUCGAGGGCAUCCUGCACCUUCUUGAGCUUUCGCAAAAGGAUGUCAAACCCCAUUUUGGCUUGAACAUCGCCACCUCUCUGAUAGGCUCCCUCUUCCGCGGUGCUGCUUUUGAGGACUCGAUGCUUGGCCAGCAGCUGAUUGAUCGCUUUGAGCAGGAUUGGCGACAAGACCCACAGUUCUUUCAGAACCUGAUUCGCAAGCACUUCCUGAACAACCAGCACCGCCUUACUCUGGUCAUGACACCGGAUGCCCACUACAACACGGAACUGGAGCAACGCGAGCACGCCAAGCUGCAAUCUGUUCUCAGCAAUUUGUCAGACCAAGAUCGGGAGCACAUUUACCAGCGCGGCCUUGAGCUGUUGGAGCAGCAGAAUCGCGAGGAGGACGUGUCAUGCCUGCCAUCGUUGGCCGUGGAAGACGUUGAGCGCAUCCGGGCUUAUCCGGAGCGCCAAGUGCAGCAGAUGGGGGAACGUGCUGUUCACAUUUUCGAGCAGCCCACGAAUGGCAUCUCGUACUUUCGGAUGAAGCUGCCUCUCACCAACUUUACUGCCAAGCAGCAUCAGUUGCUGCCUCUUUUCACCACGCUUCUAACCAGCUGUGGGGCAGGGGAUGUCUCCUACCGUGACUUUGAAAAGUUGAUUCGUCAGCACACGGGUGGGCUUGGCGCCAGCGUCUCUUUGCUUCACCAUCACACAGAACUCCAUCGCUACACCCGGUAUUUGGAAUUGGCAUCGUCUGCGCUUGAACGCAAGCUGGAUCACAUGUUUGGGUUGUGGCGUGACAUUUUUGCGGAUGCGCACGUUAAUGACAUGCAGCACCUGAGAAAUACCCUUCAAAUGUCGGCCACCAUGGCGUUUGAGUCGGUCGUUUCGACGGGUCAUGUCUUUGCCAUGAGCCUUGCCGCCAGUCCCAUAUCAGAGGGCCUUGCAGAAAGUGAAGCCCUGGGUGGUCUGACCCACGUACUGGAACUGAACCGCCUUGCCGCCGAGCAGGACUUGUCCGAUGUUGCGGCUGAACUCCUACAAAUGCGCGAUCAGCUUUUGUACAGCCCAAAUGCCAGCUGUUCUCUCAACGCUGAUGGAGCAACCCUACAGACCAGCUUACAGAGGCUUGGCAGCUUUCUGCCGGAAAUCACACCUCGAGUUGUUCCCCACACAACCAGUACCAUGGCACUUCGCGAGACCCCUUUCUUGGCUCGCUUGCAAGAGUCGCCUCGCUUAGCAAUCAGCACACCCUUUGCCGUGAACUUUGCCGCAGCAGCGGUACCUGGCACCACGUAUACGGACCACGACCAUGCGGCACUAACGCUGGCACUCAAGAUCAUGUCUCUCAAAUUUUUGCAUCGCGAGAUCCGCGAAAAGGGCGGUGCCUAUGGAGGAGGUGUUACCCAAGGCGAUGGCGCCAUCAAGUUUUACAGCUACCGCGAUCCCAAUCCCGGCAACAGCUUUGAGGCUUUUGUGCGGAGCGGCGAGUGGAUUACCUCUGGCCAAUUUUCAGAUCGUGAUUUGAAUGAAGCCAAGCUGAUGGCCUUCCAACAGCUUGACGGCCCAUCAUCACCGGGGCGCCGAGGCCGUGACUGGUUCAUGGCUGAUAUUGAUCCAACGAUGAAGCAGAAGCGACGAGAGCGAUUGCUUGAUGCCAGUAGGGAGGAUGUGCUGCGCGCAGCCCAGCGCUUCCUGUCUCCCGAUGUGAUUGAGAAUGCGCAUGCGGUCACGCUGGCGACAGAGGCGCAGACGCAGCGUCUGGUCGAAAACCACGGCUAUGAGAGCAUGCCUCUGGAAAUGGCGCCUCCCGCCGAGGUCUAA